CGUUUUGUAUAUAUGAUAAACUUAAACAGUUUUCAUUUUCGUUUGGACCAUAUCUGAUCUGAUACACGAGCACCGACAGUAGAAUGUUGAAGUGUUUUGUUUUUAUGUUGUUCCUUGGUACGGGAAGAUCAGCAACGUUGGAUACACAGGAUAUGUUGCAAAAGAUCGAUCAGCUAACAGCGAUCAGCGAUCAGCUAACAGCAAGAGUGGCGGCGCUUGAAGUCAACAAACGAGCUUUUUUCCCGGGACCAGUGGCCUUUCACGCUACCUUGGGAAACACAAUAGAAAAUGUGGGGGAUCAUCAACACAUCGUAUUCGACAACGUGAUAACAAACAUUGGAGGCGGCUACAGUCCAGUGGACGGGCAUUUUACCGCACCAGUCCGAGGGGCAUACGCAUUCUUUGUUGUGCUCACCAAUACACCGGGUCAUUCUGCAAGCAUACAACUCCUACGAAAUGGCGGAUGGUUGGGGAGUGUUCUAGCCGAUGACGAAUCAAAUGUCUCCUAUACGACAUCAACGUUGGCUGUCACGGCGCAGAUUGAAGCUGGAGACCAGGUUUGGGUACAAAAUGAGUUAAAGUUUUCGGCCCAAGAACAAAUAGAUGGAGCAAACUGGACGAGCUUUUCUGGUCAUCUUAUCCAGGCGAACUGAGCAGAUGUUUUCGGAAAUUUGAGCACACCAAAAAACUUUUACAAGUAAUACCUGGAAGCUCAAUGCAUUUGUUUUACUGUCGAUUGAUUUUGCCAUACCCAUGCUUGUGCAAAAGUUGACUAUAUAAAAAUAAACUAAAUAGCAUAA